AUGCAACUGGAGCCGGAAGGGGGCAACACGCAAGACUGUGUCGAUAGGUCCGUGGACGACAUGGAUGUAACAAAAGAAAUGUCCUCCGCCACCCUUCACGACCCGCACAGUGAAACUGCCCCUCCAGCGGGGGUGCAACACUACUUGACGAACUCCGAUUCGUCGCUGACAAAAUAUACAUCGUCGUCGUCGUUGUCCAGUUCCUCCUCGAAACAACAUGCGUCGCACCCCUCAGUUGCAGCAACACCACUAGCAGAAUCAACAAUGUCGUCAUCUGACGCGAAGAGGCGCAUAAGGGACAACGAAGAAACUAAUGCGCGGGCUCCACACGGCAGGAAUGCAUGGUUCGCUUUCAGCAACGGUGGGGAAAUAUUAUCUGACACAGUUGAUCUCUGGAAAAUUCACGAAGUCACUCCUUCUGCAAAAAAAUCAAAGGCGGGUAAUGUCGAUAGUUCCACGCCAUCAAAGUGGAGACUGUCACAGUCCCCCUCUGCACAGAGCUCUACUCAGGGCUUACAACAGCUAAUGAUAAGGCGUGAUUCGAAGGGAGUAUUGUGGCACCGUCCAUCACAGGAAAAUUACAAAAACAUGGACCACGGUGUAAAGAAGAGCGGUUUAUUAUCCUCGGAGGAGCAAAUUUCCGGAACCGAAGCCGUCUCCCCCUUUUUAACUCGUGGACAGCUACUGAAAAAGAUCGCGGAAAUCAAAGAUGAACUUUCCAGUGUACGUCGCGCCAAACGGGUAUUGGAAGCUUCAUCACGAGCCUCCCAGCGUAGCAGCCAAAAAGGGAAAUCUCGACGGAUUUACAUGGAUUUGUAUAGACUCGAGCGGGAAAAUGAACAUCUUCAGUAUCUUUUAGAUCUUGGAGUGAUAUGGGCUGGAUGUACUGAUUUACCGCUGCGAAUUGCUGAAGAGGAGCUGAGGUAUGCGCUUGAUGAGCUUAAUCGAGAAAAACGACGUCGACGCGAACUUUGGACGGAUAACCGACGAAAUUCUAUUUUAUUUACGGAAAUGAUGAAGCAUCAACAGCCCACCCGAGAGAAGAUUGCCCGUCAGUACCGGGAGGGAAGGUAUGAUCGUCUUAAUCUUCAGACGAAGGUGGCGAGUCUGCAGGAGAAGAUAUCAGCAACGCGCGAAACUUCAAAUCACCUUUCCAAGCAAAUUCGACAGUUGGAGGAAAGCAUACAAGGGGCGGGAUUAACACAUAUGAAACCAGAAGAGUACACUACAAUGCAGUAUGAGGUGAAAAAGAAUGCUAAGCAAAUAGAGAGACUUACCGAUUCCGUUGCAGGGUUGUUGGCUAAGGUGGAAUGUCACCCUACUCCAUGCACGCACUUGUCGAACGAGGUCACGCCCAAUGUGUACUUCCCCGGGCGGGACCAAAUGGAAGCAAUGAUUCUGAAGCUCAUUAGGCAGGUUGAACAGAAGGAAUCACAAAUAAAUUCGUUGCGUCAGAGUUUUGUUCUAACAGGGUCUACUGUGCCAAAAAGCAAGGGAAGCUUGGCCAGGUUUGCAUCACGAAAGCAGCUUCUCUCAGAAAACAGGAGGAUGUCUUCAAUGCGAAGGUUGUCUUCGAGCAAAAAAGUGAACAAUGCUGGUCCUCCCUCCUCACGCCAAACAAAUACUAAAGACGCUGCCUACAAUGCGCCCCUCUCAAAGGUGGAAAUCACACUUGGGCAGCAGCAAUGUCCAAAGGGAGAAGGCAAAGGGGUGAAUGGAGGAAUAAAAUCGUUAGGCGCUGAAACAAAGCGCGUCGUAGCGAAGAAACUGCCUGCGUCGUCUCUUUUGAAGCUGGAUCAAUUACUGCCAGAGGUUUCAGAACCGCAUAAAAGCGGUUCUGCACUUUUUUCUGUAUGCGUGUCCUCUUCCAAUAGCGGUCAAAGGUUGGGAUCCUUCUGCAGAACGGAUAACAAUAAUGUUAAGAAGCAUUCUACCUUGAAUGAUGGGAUGAAAGAAAAGGUGAAUGGUUUAUCAAAUCACGGCAGUGGACUAGACAGCUUACCUUACACGAUCCAGAACUCUCAGUCCAGUAUAUCCCCAAAAUCAUUUGGUAAGUCGGACUCGUCCAGAGUCGUUUUCAGUAAUGAGUGUUUCCAAGCGAACAUGAAUGGCAAGGAGGAGGAGGCGGAUGUGGUGCAGGAUGUAAAGGAAAGUGGUACUGAAGCACCCGUUUGGUUAGGGGGAUAUUAA